GAUAAAAGAGAGGGACAGGUGUGCGAGCACAAUCACAGGGGGUGCAUCUCUGACUGCGCUGCACACUUCAGCAAUUUUGACUCAAAUCUUAGUCACAAAAAACCCAGCAAGCAGCAGAGUCGAAGCAUUCCGUUUUUUCUCUUUUCCGUGUGCACAGCGUGCAGAGCCGUCUGCCCGAACCUUUCCCUUGCAAUGGAAGCAAACAGCGACCACAGCGCAGAUCAAGCGGGGGCGCCAAGGGAACCCUCGUCCCUUCUCGCCGAGGACGAUGACGUGGAAGUCGUGUCGCUUCCUGAUUCCCUUCCUCUCGAUCUGGCGUCACGUGCGCGUCGUGCUGAGGCAUCUUUGAAUAGCGACGACGGAGAGCCUGAGGACGACGAUGACGACGACAACGGUGAUGUUUGCCGAUACAACGAGGGCGUGCCGUCACCAACCUCUGCAGCCACCGCAGCUGCUGCGACAAGGCGAAUUCAGUACGACCCACGUGAUCACACGCAGGCGGCUCCGUCCGCUUCGCAAGUGAAAAGGCGCGUGUGGGUGCUGCCGCGUGCACUACUGCCACCGAUUGCCGCGGCGUCGUUGCCGUUGAGAGCAGCAGACGCCGCCUCCGCCGCACACGAUUGUUGCCGUGGCGACGACGGCGUCAGCUCCACACGCACCUCAACGCAGAGCACGUCUGCAGGGGCGGGCGCUGUACGAAGCGCUGAGGCAACCGUUUCUCUCUCAUCUUCUUUUUCUCCUUCCGCAGGUGGGCGAGGAAGUGUAGGAGCUGCUGCGGGAGGUGGAGGAGGAGCGGGAGGGGGGUGGUCGGCUACGCAGCAGCUCCCCGCGCGCGCCGUUCGUGUACCGCACCCCCGACACGGCCAACCGGCCCUCUACCUCGUCCACUCCGACCCCCCUCCAGUGCCCACCGCUUCUUCUCCCCCCUCGUCAUCUUCGCUGCUGUUUGAGAUCCAAGCGCAGGCCCCGCCUGACGACUUCGCGCUGAGUUGGUUUGUGGGGGAGGCGGUGAUACCCAGUAGGCCCCACAGCGGCGAACUGCUGCUGGUGACGCCGGUGGACCUGACCUUCUUUGCCAUACAUGAGCUGCUCGGCGACGCGACGGUGUACGAGCGGCUCUCGCACAAGUUCAUGCCAGCGGGGGACCUUUAUCGAAGCGGGGAGGGGCAUGCGGACGCGUCGCGACCCUCGAACCGGCACGUUGAAGAGACGCAUCCAGAAAAGGACGCCUACGUACCCCUGUUCGGUCGCAUCGGCGGCGCCGAUCAGGAGAGUUCACAGUCGUCGAGCUCCUCUCCGUACUCCUACAGCUUUCCCAAUGCCCACCCCAUCACCGAUGACCGUCGUCAACGUGACGCGUCACACGAGGCAGCGGAAUUGCCUCUGUCGGUGUCUCCGCACGGCACCCCCCACCCCGCGCACUCCAAUCCCCUGAACACGGCUGCAGCGGUAUCGGACAAGGGCUGGUGCGGCUGGGCACACGCGGCGAUGCGCUACCCGCUGCUCUUCCACGCCUGCUUCGCUGCUCUGCAAUCUGACACCGUGCUGCGUCGCCUCUGCGAGGUGCGUGAGGUUGGUGGAGAGGCUGGCAACGGCAGCGGCGGCAGCAGCGCAAGGGACAUGUAUUACCGCCCCUCGGAGGCGGUGGCGGUGGCGUGGCUGAAACGCAAAGUGGAGUUGCUGCGAGGGUCGUCCGUGCUGCGGGAGGUCUUGCAGCUAUCGGAGGUGACGACGACGACGGCCGGCGCUGCAUCGACUCCCUCUUCCUCCUCUUCUUCUCCUUCCACCGCUACUGCUGUUCAUUCUUUACCUCAGCAGGUCAGCGCAACAUCCACCACGCCAGCGUCUAAAGCGGCAGCUGAGGUGCCUCUGGCGAUUGCCUUUGGCAUGGUCGCCGAGUACGUGCCGGAGCGGCUGCAUGACCCGCUGGCGGUGGCGUGCGGCCUGCCAGACCCCUCUCUUCCCUCCUCUGUUUCUUCCGUGGUGACCCCCUCUGCUGGGGCGAAGCGUGGCCGUGAGGGCGAGGGAUCGAGCAGUGCGAUGCCGUCAGCGGAGAGGAACCCGGCGAGCGGGGGAACGCCGUCUGCGGGGCCGAAGAGUGCGAGUGUGCGGCGACUGGAGAGGGCCGGGCGGCCGAAAGGGACGCCGACGCUCUUCUCCAUGUUUGCAAAGAAACCAAAAGACGGCGCGUAG